UUGAGGUUGAGUUUGAUAUUGCAUCUGAUUGCAGUUUGCACAUGAAUUUGCAAUAACAUUGAUACAACAACAAUUAAAUAGUUGAUCAAUAGAUAUAAGUCUAAAGUGACAGUUGAUGAUUUAAAAAUUUUAUUUGAUAUAUUUUAACAAGACUCAGUAAUCAUGUUGAGACCGACUAGAAAUUUUGUUAUGAUUCUGCAGCGUGUCAAAGAAUGCAAUCCACUAAUUAGAUGCAGUCGACAACGAUCAGAUGUCAGCGAGUAUGAAUCUCCAAUAACAGACGAGUAUAAAAAAGGACCAAAUGAAGGAAGAUCAUUGUACUUAGAUGCCCAAGCAACAACACCAAUGGAUCCACGAGUAUUGGAUAAGAUGAUGCCUUAUUUUACAUCAUAUCAUGGAAAUCCACAUUCAAGAACUCACAUGUAUGGCUGGGAAUCAGAAGCAGCAGUUGAACAUGCAAGAAAACAAAUUGCUAAUCUCAUUGGAGCUGAUGAAAAAGAAAUAAUAUUUACAUCUGGAGCAACUGAAUGCAAUAACAUUGCUGUAAAAGGUGUUGGUAGAUUUUACAAAGCAAAAAAAAAACAUAUCAUCACAACACAAACAGAACACAAGUGUGUAUUGGAUUCAUGUAGAGCAUUACAAAAUGAAGGUUUAGAAGUGACAUAUCUUCCAGUUAAAACAAAUGGUCUUAUUGACAUGGAGGAACUUGAAAAAGCAAUAAGACCAGACACAUCAUUGGUGUCAAUAAUGACAGUUAAUAAUGAAAUUGGUGUUAGACAACCAGUUGAAGAAAUUGGAAAAUUAUGUCGUGAUAAAAAAGUAUUUUUUCAUACAGAUGCAGCACAAGCUGUUGGUAAAAUUCCAAUAGAUGUUAAUAAAAUGAAUAUUGAUUUAUUAUCAAUAAGUGGACAUAAGCUAUAUGGACCAAAAGGUGUUGGUGCAUUGUAUGUACGUAGAAGACCACGUGUACGUGUUGAACCAAUACAAAGUGGUGGUGGACAAGAACGUGGUAUGAGAAGUGGUACAAUACCAGCACCACUUGCUGUUGGUCUUGGUGAAGCAUGUGAAAUUGCAAAUAAUGAAAUGGCAUAUGAUAAAGAACACAUAACAAAAUUAGCAAAUUAUUUAAUUGAUAAAAUUAAUAAUAAUAUAACACAUGUUGUUAGAAAUGGUGAUCCAAUUGCAUGGUAUUCUGGUUGUGUUAAUUUAUCAUUUGCAUAUGUUGAAGGUGAAUCAUUAUUAAUGGCAUUAAAAGACAUUGCAUUGAGUAGUGGAUCAGCAUGUACAAGUGCUAGUCUUGAGCCAAGUUAUGUAUUGAGAGCCAUUGGUGCAUCAGAAGAUCUUGCACAUUCUAGUAUUAGAUUUGGCAUUGGUAGAUUUACAACUAUUCAAGAAAUUGAUUUUACUGCUGAUAAAACAAUUCAACAUGUUAAAAGACUCAGAGAAAUGAGUCCACUUUGGGAAAUGGUACAAGAUGGAAUUGAUCUUAAAACUAUCAAGUGGAGUCAACACUAAUUUCAAUUUAUUCAUCUUUCUUUUCUUUUUUUUUUUUUACAUUUGAUAAAAUAAAAACCAGUUGUAUUGACAUUAGCAAUAUCAAGUUGGAGAUUAUAAUUUAAUAAAUAUCUGCUUGAGUGUAAUAAUAGUAAUGAUCAUUGUCACUGGUUGAUGAUUAAUGCACCACUGUUAAAAUGCCAAUGUGUAUAAAUAUUUGUAUGAUAAAAACAAUUAUAAAAAAACGAACAAAUAAA